AAGAAAAGACCCUCGUCUUAUACGUCUCACUGGAGAAUUCUCCUCCAAGAGCACGAAGCUAAUAUAAUCAGUUUCUGAUAAGCUGAAUUAUCAAGAAUGGCGAAACACAAUAUUGGUCUUUUGAUUGCCAUUGUGAUGGCAUUGAUCAUCUUCAUCAUCACCAUGGCCUUCUCUGCUCUGGCGGCUGCAGGAAGUUCCCCCUUCUUGUACGACACCAGCAAUAUUUCUGCCCAGUUCGUUAUCCAGCUCACGCCAUCAGGCUGGACCUUCACAAUCUGGACCAUCAUUUACAUCUUUCUGGCUUUGGUGAUGGUGUAUGGCGUCUCUGGCAUCUUCAGGAAAAAUGCCUAUGGUUAUGUGUACUGCAGCCCUGCAGUUUUACCGCUCGGCUUUUAUGCGUUUUGGUGCUUGAAUCUCAUCUUAAACAUCUCCUGGUUGUUCCUAUGGGACAGGAUGUUCAUGCCUGCUGCGUUGGCUUUCCUCAUCCUAAUCGCGCUGACUAACUACGUAGUGAUAUUUUUCUCCUGCUAUGGUCUGAGCCAGUAUGGAGCCUGGCUCAACAAAUAUCACAGAGUCGACCUGUGGCUCCAUCGACUGCUGAUUCAGAAUGGGAUUGCCAUAUAUGCCACAUGGACAACCAUAGCGUCCCUUGUUAACCUGACCAUCGUUCUAGUGUACAACGCCAAUGUAUCCGACACAGAUGCUGCCACCAUUUCCCUUUCUCUUUUAACUGUGGUGGUGGUUGCAUGGUUUUUCCUGGAAAACUUUAUCCUCGACAGACACGUGAGGUUUGUCCUCACCGUCUAUCCGGUCGUCAUCUGGGCGCUGACGGGCGUCUUUACGGAAAACUACAACGCUGCUGAUCCCACUCGCAACAACAUCUUCAAUGCUGCCCUGUUAGGUGUCGCCUGUUUUCUGUUUGUCACACGGAUACUUCUCGUCUCUUGGAGGCAAAUCAAGAAGCCGCUCUACAAAGACGUAAACCCUGAUGACAUGUCCCCGAUGGAGAUCGCAGAGAAGCAGAACAGGUUUUUAAAGUGAGCUUCUUGAUUGAAUGUUGGAUGCCUUCUUUUAUUUCAAAGUUAAUCCUGUAAUUU